CACAGCUGCCUCGCUCCAGAUACCCCCGCCGCCGCCACCUGCCGCCGAGUCCCAUGGCCCCCGCCGCGUGCCCCGCCGCGCCCAGCGCUCCCCGGUUCCUGCGGACCGCGAUGCUGCUGCUGCUGCUGCUGGCCGCCAGCCGGCGCGCAGCAGGGGCGCCCGCGCUCACCGAGCUGCGCUGCCAGUGUCUGCAGACCGUGCAGGGCAUUCACCUCAAGAGCAUCCAGAGCCUGAAGGUGCUGUCGCCGGGCCCGCACUGCGCCCAGACCGAAGUCAUAGCCACGCUCAAGUCCGGGCAGGAAGCUUGUCUCAACCCCGCCGCCCCCAUGGUGAAGAAAUUCCUGCAGAAGAGGCUCAGCAAGGGCAGCAGCAACUAACCCAGGCAGAAGGAAGAAGCUGAUGGGUGGUGGCUGGUGCAGGGUGGUCCUCUCCCUUAACAGACCCGAAAGUGAAAAGAGAGCAGCUGAUUUCUGAAGACACUUGGAAAAGGGCUUAGAGUGUUUGAUUAUUUUGUAUGAGAGUUCUCUUUAUUUAUUAUGUAUUUAUUUAUUUCCUAAAGUUUGUAUUUUAAUAUUUUGCAUGUUGGUAUUUGAAGAUAUGAAUGUGUUUCAGCAAACAUAACUGUCCUAAUUGUUCACUUUGAAGUUGUUUGGUUUUGGAUCUUAUGAAACUAAUGUAUUUAUUGGGAGGCGAUUGAGUGUCAGCCACUGUGACAGGAUGGGUGGAGUUGGGCAUCGGAGCAAUCAGUGAAAUCAUUGCUGGGAGAAGGGACUGUGUGUGUAGAACUAUUUUUGUACUUUUUUGAAGAGAAUGUCAGUUAUUUAUUGAAACUGUCUCAUGUUAUGUACUCAACAUUUUUAUGUUGAUGCUUCCCUUGGACAUUCUAUGUCUUACUUGUAGGGCAUAAUGCCUUGUUUAAUGUUCAUUGUACAAUGAACAGAGGGGUCACAAUUAUUUUUACAAAUGACAUGAAAA